AUGGCAGAUGAGGAGAUGAUUGAAAGGCUGCGGCAGAAGCGUACGGCAGCCCAGGCCGCGUUCACCAAAAAGGCAAACAAUCUUACCUCCAGGGUCAAUGCUCUAGAAGAAGGGGAUCUUAAGGCUGAGUGGAGGAAUUUCAAAGAGGAUCAUAACAGAGUCACAGAUUUAGGAUUUGAGUACUCCACAGCCCUACGUGAACUAGAAGACGAAGAGGCCAGUGUAAAGGCAAAUCAGAUUGACGAGCGAACGCACGAAUGUGAUAAAAAGUUUGACGCUGUUAAACUCCUCGUCCUAAACAACUUAUGGGCUAGAUUUGCAAAGGAUCACAUUUCCGAUCUUGUAGAGGAGGCUAACUUAGCCCUGGAUCAGGCCGAAGUAAAGGACUAUCAACUGCUAUCUAGGAUGGAGCGGGAGCUGAUCAACAAAGACCUGGAACGAGACGUCUUUGAAGUCAACAGUUUAGUGACUGAGUGGUCAGACUUCAUUCCUCAUGCAGAGCUUCUGGAAUCAAGAGGCUCAUGCAGGAAGCUGAGAAAGCGGCAAAUGAAACUGUGGGAUAAAUGGGCGUGGCGACGUAACAGUUGGUCUGAUGAAGAAGAGGCGAAAGUAAACGUAUACAUGGCAGCCCAGACCAUGGAGCCAUCAGCAUCUACUAGCUCUGUUCCUGCUCCUGACCAUAAACUGUCCCGUCCCCAAGACAGCCACACUCCCAUAAGUGGAGCCCAGCGUAACCCAACCAGCGCGCCCACCUCUGUCAGUGAGGGUGCGCUUCACGCUCAAGGGGCUCACAGCAUAUACCCAGGGCCACUAAGCUUCAAGCCCCAAAUCACUUUGGAACGAGCACGUCUGCCUACAUUUUCAGGUAACAUGAGGGAUUACUACCGAUGGAAAGCUGAGUGGGAAGACCUGCAGCAGCUGGGGAACCCUCAUGGCUUGGAAAACGUAAGAAAGUUCCACCUAUUGGGAAGCUUAGAUGACAGAGUCAAAAGAGACCUUGUGCUGUCCAGCUGUGGAUCUGCCAAUGACGUGUUCAGACUCCUCGACAACAAAUAUGGGAAUAGGCCAAAAAUAGCGCUACUUAUCUCAAAAGAAGUCCACGGGUUACCGCCUGUCAAGGGAAACAACCCUAGAAAGACAAUUGAACUAAUUCAAGCUGUUGAAAGGGCUCUCAGGGACCUCCAAGUCCUGGGGGAGGAAGACGCAGUGAAAAAUCGUUUAGUGGCACAGUCGAUUGAGAGCAAGCUUCCAGACUCGCUAAAGGAGAAGUGGCUAACUCACAAGAAUGACCCCUCGAGCGGCUUUUCCCCCAGACAUCACUUUGACUGUCUACUAGAGUACCUGAAGAAACAGGAAGACAUUCUUGAAGAGUUGGAUCAGCUACAGCCCUGCUCAAAAGACUAUGAGAGGUCACAGGAGAAAUCCAAAGAAAGGAAAGCCUUCACAAAGGCAACAUCAACCCAAAAGGAUGCUCUGUCAAGUUCAUGCAUAGUCUGCAGAGAGGAAGGGCAUGAAGGAAGACUCUUUGCCUGCAAAGCCUUCAAGAGGCUCAACCUGUCGAGUAAGAAAGCUCUACUGAAAAAGAUAGGAGCAUGCUUCAGAUGCUUGCGCCUCCAUGAUAAAGACAGUGCGUGCACCGAGAGGUUUCUAUGCUCUAAACAAGACUGUCAAAAAAGAGGGGCCUCAGACCACAACUACUGA